CGCGCGGCGGCUUUAGCGGAGCCGGACUCCGCCGCGCGGCUCUCGGUGCUGCGAGCGGGCCACCAUGCUCAGCGUCGUGCACUUCCUCCGGAGCUUAUUUAAGACUGCAGAGCCAAGUGACCUGCCAGGUCAUGGUGACAUUGAAGAUAAGCAGCUCCCCUCUCCUCCCGCAGAACCAGGGGAACAGGAAUGGAGCCAGAAAACAGACCACGAUGAUUCUGAGACACUGUCCCACCAGAGUGAAAGUCAAUCAGACACCAAAACUGAUCCCUUUGAAAGUGCUUCUGACACAGAGUCCCUGCCUGGUGACCUCCUAGAGGGAAUCUGCCUCCCCCCACCCGGCACCUCCGAGGACAGAAAAGCACACAAGGGCUGCUUUGACACCCCAGUGUCUGGAAACCCUCAGGAGCAAUAUUUGACAGAUGUCCCUGGGCUUGACCCAAAGGAGGAAGUAGAUCUGUGCCUUGACUUCAAGGAAGAGUCUCACAAGAGUGCAUUACCAACCUUUGCUACAGUUGCUGGAGAAGUGAGCGCCAUCCCCCAGGAGGACGUGGCUGGCCCAGAGCUAGAGUUGCCCCCAGGCAGGGCUGCUCUCCUUACGCGGGACUGUGCACCAGGGUGUACAGGUAGUUACAGCCCCCCACCAGCAAAGGUGGUGACUGUCCAAGACAUCACAGGGUUCUCUGUUCUUUCUCCUCAGAAAUCCAGGUCUGAGAGUCAUCUGCGCACCCCACUGGUCUGGCCCCUCCUUCUUUGGUGUGCUGAACAGAGCCAGAGCUGGCCGAAUAUCCACAACAGGGAGAGGGGACGCCCGCUGAAUAGCACAGCUCCUCUGGGAGCCAGGACAGGGAAAAAAUGUCCUCCAGACCCCACAUCGAAGACAGGCUUGCUCUGCUCCCAGUCCAGCUUUGAUGCCACCUGCUGGCUUCCUUUAGGGACAUCCUGCCUCCUACAUGCCAAGUUUCACCAUAGUGCCCCAGAAAAUACUGAUGAUGAGGGCAGGGCACUCCCGGGGCACUGCUGUUGGCUCACAAGGACUCUGAACAGGGCCCACUCUGUAGCAGAAUUUCCCUUAAGAAACUCUGAGGAUCCUUUAGGGCAGAACUUUGUGAAGUUUGGGACCCAUCUAAAGGAAGGGACGGAAGCAGAACGGGCUCCAAUAACACAAACCCCUCUUCACCCUGUUCCCACCCAGCUGUCUCACGUACUUCCUACUUCCCAAAGGAAGGCUCUUCCUUUGAAGGAUCAGUACAAACUCAGGGCUCUGAGCUGGAAAAGGGCCUCUCAAGACAUGCCCUCUGAAUGUCUUUGGCUGGAAAACCAGUUAGGACAGGAUUCUAGGUCCUGCCCAGUCUCUUCAUGCCUUACUGCAGAGUUGGUGGGCCUCACCGCAGAGGAAGAGCCAGUGCCAGUAGAGUGCAAGCCCAGACACGGCCCAGAAAGCAGACCAGAGGAGCCCCGAGGCCCUGGCCAGGCACCAGAUGCUGAGGACGUGAGUGAUGUACAGAAGCAUCUUCAGGACAUUUCUGCUGAGCCAGGAGACCAAACCAGCAAUUACACAUCAAAGUAUAUCCUCAGUGAAAAAAGAAAGCCAUCUGCUACGGCCAAGUUCCCACAGCAUCCCAGCAAGAGCGGGUCACUGGUGUUGAACAGAGACUGGGGAGUUUGCUCCAGAGGGAGCGAUAAUUCCUAUGCUCCAGAGACGACCCUGAAAUCAAGCAGAGCAGACACUUUAAAGGAAGCAGAAGACGUGAUUGUUCCAGAUCCCAGCUUCACAAAACAUGCCUUGCAGGGGUUUUCAGGAGUCGCAGCAGCCAGCAUGUCUCACUGCAGCUGUGGGGAUGAGGAGUGUGAACAGGGGCACAAGGGUGAUACCACACCCUUUGCAGAGGGCCUCCAGACAGAGCCCAAAGCAGACACGUCUUCUAGGGGCACGCUCAUCAUUAUAGCUGUUGAGCAGAAAGGGCUGCAGGCCACCAGGAGGAAAAUGGGUCCUCUGCUAAAAACACAGUCCUGUGAAUUUCCAGAGGAAAGACCAGGGUCUCCCCACAGUGCUGGAGCGACCCCCUGUGAGUCUCCUCUGGCUGGGAAGCCAAAAACUUGUGGCAAUGAGUGUGUUUGUGAGCUGCCAGCAGCCUGCAGCCUGCGAGGUAACGAUGGGGCUCUUCGGCAGGUGGCCCAAGCCUCAGAGCUUGGGAUAGUUCUGAUCCCCCAGGCUGCUUCGGAAGAUUGGCCCCCGGGGAGGAAAAAAACGCUUUCCCAGGAUCGCGCGGGGGACAUGCUGAGCACAGGGGCGCCUAUGGAAGAGAGCCAACCUGGGGCCAGCCAGAGGUCCAGGACUCCAGCGGCCAGGGAGGAAGCUGCUGGGGAGCCCGAGGCCUGGGGCCCUCACCCCGCGGGCAGCCGAGGGCCCCCGAGCCCGGAGGAGACGCGAGGGGUGUGCGCAGCAGAGGGCGAUGCAGACACCGACAAGCAGCCCGGCGCCCAGGCCCGCGCCGGUAAGAGUGCACUCCAACAGCCCAGACCGCCCCACCAGCUCCGCCACGCAUCGCGGGAGCCUGGAAACUUCCUGGCGUUUCCCAAGGUAAUCUCCUUCCGAAAAGGCAAGCCCUCUGCCGGCGAGAGCCCGGGAGGGGACCACCCUGGGGGUUCCUCUGGCCUCGAGGAACUGUGCUCCGACCGUCAACCCCCAACGGGCAGCGCGCAGAGCGCCUCGGGCCAGGCUGGGACUCCUUGCAACGCGCACGCCAGCACCUUUCCGGUGAUCGGCCUCCAGGGCUCAAGUCAAGGAGUCCCAGGGCUGAUGGAAGUGGGCCGCGUGGAGAUGCCCAGGGACCUGGGUAGCAGAAGACAGUCCUCAGAAAGGUGCGACGCCAAGAGACUCAAAACUCCAGAGAAAAGACUCAGGGCGAGGUUGGCCUCAGCUCAUAAGACCUUUGCACAUUUUUUUGAGUCAAGAGUUUUAGAAAAAGAGAACACUGGUGAAUGUUCUCCAUGUUCUUUCAAGGACCAGAAGGAAAAGGGCAGGUUGCGCCAGAGUUCCUGGCGCACAUUUCUGAAAAGCAAAGAUGCCCAAGGGCCCAAAAGACCCUCCUUAGUAAGUCUGAUUCCAGGACCAGAAAUCUUGAAUACCCCCAGCCAUUUUCCACCAGAGACCAAUAGCGACUGUGAGAAGCAGGCGGAACACAAGGAGAGCUGUGUUUUUAGAGAUCACUGGACACCGACACAUUCCCCCACACCUUUGUCAUCCAGCAGUUUGGCUUCUUCAGAUAACAGGAGAAAAAGUGAACCAACUAUCAAAUGUACAAGUACCCGGGAAAGUGGUGAAUACCUACCUCUGAGUACCUUUCCUGAAAAGUCUUGGCCUUUGUCACCCACCAGUCCUGGGAGGCAGCAGGCUGGGAGCAGCCACACCCUUCCCUCAGGCUCCACCUGCUACCUGGCACUUGGAAGCCAAAGAGUGCCCUGUAAGCCCCUGAGCCCCAAGCCCCAGAGUCCCAGGCCUGCCCAGCAGGCAGAUUUCCACUACCCUGAAAAGGGUAGGGCCAUCUCAGUGGUUUCUCUUGGAAGCUACAGCCAUGUGGACAACAGCUCAGAGGCCCCUGGAAGCCCCAAGAUGUCCCAGGCCUGGAUACGCCUCCUACUUUCUCUGCAGGCAUUAGACCAGGGUGAGCAGAAGGAAGAGAGCAGGAAAAGAGGCCAGCGUCCCUGUGGCCUAAGCACAGCACCCUCACUCAAGGACCUUCUUGGAAGUGAGAACCACAUGCUGUGGGAAGAACAACCAGGCAAGAAGCCCAGUUGCUUCCAGGGUCUGAAAGCUUUUCACACUGAGCCAGCUCCGGGGCCAUUCUCUACUGCUGAGGUGGGGACAUGGAUUCUUCCCUUCGUUUCUGCAGAAGACGUCCCCCCGGAGACUCCUUCACAACCCAUGAGUAUCCCUCAGCACUCACACAUCAGUUUAGAUGACCUGUGGCUGGAGAAGACACAGAGGAGGAAGUUGAAGAAGCAGGCCCAGUUUGAAAGGAAAACGCAUGCACACAAAGAAGGAGUCCAAUGUUGGAGGAAGAUGAUCAUUGCCUCUCCAGAGUCUUUGAAUCUCCCUGGAAGAAGCCAUCCAUUCUCGCAGAGUGCCCCAACAGGAUUGAACCACAUGGGCUGGCCAGAGCCCACACCUGACAUUGCCCUCCCUGAUGGCGCUCUGGACAUGGCCCUGCGUGGAGAUGAGGCGGGCAGUGAGGAGGACCUGUAUGAGGAUGGGCACAGCUCCAGCCACCACUACAGCCACACUGGAGGGGGCGGCGAGCAGUUGGCCAUCAACGAGCUCAUUAGCGAUGGCAGCGUGGUCUGUGCCGAAGCACUCUGGGACCAUGUCACCAUGGAUGACCAGGAACUGGGCUUCAAUGCUGGAGACGUCAUCGAAGUGAUGGAUGCGACCAACAGAGAGUGGUGGUGGGGCCGCGUCGCGGAUGGCGAGGGCUGGUUCCCAGCGAGCUUCGUGCGGCUGCGGGUGAACCAGGACGAGCCUGCAGACGAUGAGGCGCUGGGGCCUGGGCGCCGAGGGGCUGGGGAUGGCGGGGACGCCGAGGCGCAGGGCAGCAGGGACCAGAUGCGGACCAACGUCAUCAACGAGAUCCUCAGCACGGAGCGAGACUACAUCAAGCACCUGCGGGACAUCUGCGAGGGGUACCUCAGGCAGUGCCGCAAGCGGGCAGACAUGUUCAGCGAGGAGCAGCUGCGCACCAUCUUCGGGAACAUCGAGGACAUAUACCGGUGCCAGAAAGCCUUUGUGAAGGCGCUGGAGCAGAAGUUCAACCGGGAGCGGCCGCACCUGAGCGAGCUGGGCGCCUGCUUCCUGGAGCACCAAGCAGACUUCCAGAUCUACUCAGAGUACUGCAACAACCACCCCAAUGCCUGCGUGGAGCUCUCACGCCUCGCCAAGCUCAGCAAGUAUGUGUACUUCUUCGAGGCCUGCCGGCUGCUACAGAAGAUGAUUGACAUCUCCCUGGAUGGCUUCCUGCUGACGCCCGUGCAGAAGAUCUGCAAGUACCCUCUGCAACUGGCAGAGCUGCUCAAGUACACGCACCCCCAGCACAGGGAUUUCAAGGAUGUGGAAGCUGCCUUACAUGCCAUGAAGAAUGUGGCCCAGCUCAUCAAUGAACGGAAACGGAGACUUGAAAACAUCGACAAGAUUGCUCAGUGGCAAAGCUCUAUAGAGGACUGGGAGGGGGAAGAUCUCCUGGUCAGGAGCUCGGAACUCAUCCACUCGGGGGAGCUGACCCGUGUCACACAGCCACAAGCCAAGAGCCAGCAGAGAAUGUUUUUUCUCUUUGACCACCAGCUCAUCUACUGUAAGAAGGACCUUCUCCGCCGUGAUGUGCUCUACUAUAAGGGCCGAGUGGACAUGGACAGCCUGGAGGUGGUGGACUUGGAGGACGGGAAGGAUCGAGAGCUCCACGUGAGCGUCAGGAACGCCUUCCGGCUGCGCUGUGGGCCCUCUGGGGAGAGCCACCUGCUGUGUGCCAAGAAGCCCGAGCAGAAGCAGCGCUGGCUCAAAGCCUUUGCCAGGGAGCGGGAGCAGGUGCGGCUGGACCAAGAGACAGGCUUCUCCAUUACCCAGCUGCAGAGGAAGCAGGCCAUGCUGAACGCCAGCAAGCAGCAGGCCAUCGGGAAGCCCAAAGCCCUCGGCCGACCCUACUACCUGACACGCCAGAAGCACCCGGCCCUCCCCACCAGCCUGCCUCAGCAACAGGUCCUGGCGCUGGCAGAGCCCGCGAAAGCCAUCCACCUUCUGGCACAGCAUCAGCCGGCUGGCACCCUUCCGCAAGUGAGCCCGUGCCCCAUCAGUGGCACCAUCUGGACCUGCCUGGCCAGGGGGCCUGCAGCUCUUCCUGCCUGAGGCUCACCACAUCCGGCCCUCUGUCCAUUCUGCAAACUGCAAGUUAGCAGGGCUGAGUGUGGGAUCUGCUCAGAACCGCCCACAGGCUGGCGCGUGUGAGAAUGGCCGCUGUGGACCCUCUUCGCACAUCUGAUCAUCCCUCCUGCUCCUGUUCUCUCUGGGCAGGAGCCCACCUCUGCCUUCAUCACCUGCAGAGCCAGGCUGUGUACCUCUCUGCCCUCCUGUUCUCUUCACAGGCCCCCAGCUGGUGGGCCAGGCAGCCUGCAUCCCUUGUGGGUAGGAACCAGGAAUUCUGGGCACAAAAACAUCUGGCCCAGAGCCCACCUGUUACUUACUCCCAGUCCCUCUGUAGACACUCCUGGCUGCUGGACACCCUCUCUUCACUUGUCAUGUGUUUGUUUAUAGUGGAAAGAAAACAGAACCAUAGUCAACUGAAUACUUCUGUCAGGAUUUGUAACCAGUCCACCUGCAGCUGUGGGGUGGUUCCAGUCUGGAUUUUGUUGUUAAAUUCCAACACUAGAGAACUGUUAGUGAUAUGGAAAGACUGCCUUACCCUGAGUGAGUGAGAAGCCAUAAGGACUGAAGUCUGUGCCCAGCGCCCAGGACCGACCCACCCAGGAGCUGGUGGGCACGCAGGUUGGAGGGAAGCCCGCAGCCCGUGGAGGAGGGCCACCCAAGAGUGUGGCCAGGGCCUGGCUUGGGGCAAAGCGCAGAGCCGCCCCUGUGGCCCCUGGGAAUUCAGCAGCAUGUACAGUCACUCUUGCACUAUACCUUCUCCAAGCAGAAACCACAUUUAAUUUCAUAAAGAAACCUGUGAAAAAUAA